AAAUCGGAUUAAGGUGUUUGAAAAAGGAUUAGAGUUGGAACUUGAAACAAGUUGAAUCAUUUUCUGUUGAGCUUCGCCACAAUAAAAUGGCGUCGAAUUCAGCCCUAUAUCUGGGAUUUUAUUUUCUACUUCAAUAUUUAGGCCAUCAUGUGACAGAGGCGGCCUACUGCUACUACUCCUACUACUAUGCCUACUAUUACUGCUACUACUACUACUCCUACUACUUUGAGGGCGGGUCGAUCGCCGGGAUUGUAAUUGGAGUAAUCAUCGUGAUUGCUAUUAUAAUGGUGGUUAUAGUCAUUGUAAAGAAGAAACACUCAGCAAGGGCCCACAGGAUCCACGGCGGCACCGUCGUCACCACCGUCCACGCACCACCGCCCCCUCAACCGCAGCCAGGGGCAUAUGGAUAUGGUGGUCCCGGAAUGGCCCCACAAUACAACCAGAAUCCCGCCUAUCCUCCCCCAGGCGGCAGUUACCCACCCCCGCCACCUCCGGGAGGCAGCUACCCGCCACCCCCAGUAGGAAGCUUCCCGCCACCGAGUUACCCGCCACCCAAAUAUUAGAAGUUGUCCGAUAGGUCCGAUAGACCGGGUGUUAUUGUUACCAUGUGUCCGUGGAAAUUCUUGUUGCUGUGAUUUGUACCUAAACACUUUAUUAUGAAGUACCAUGUCGCUGAAUACGACAAAAUUUGUCAUAGUCAAAUCUUGUGAUUCUAUCACUUUAUGAGUGAAAAGUCACGGUGGUUAACCUGCAUGGUUAAAAUGUUGCAGUUCCGGCUGUAAAAAUAAUAUAUCACAAUGGUAUAUGCUUGCAUUGUUAGACAAUGUACAAAUAAAUGAUUAAUAACAUUGGUAGCAAGUUCUGUGACGAUGCUAUCGCCUUGUAGAUAUAUUAAAGUAAUUUCAAUUUCCA